UUUCCUAGUGGCCAGGUUUUAUCUGCUCUUCCUAGAACCACUAGGCAAGUUCAAGUUCUGAAGAAUCUUACUGCAAUCUAUGAGAUUGUUCUCUGGCAGCCAGUUACAGCUGACUUUAUUGAGCGGAAAAAAGAAGUGCAUUUUUUUGUGAAUGAGUCUGAUGUCAGCAAUGUGAAAGACCACUUGAAUUCAAGCAGAAUUCCAUACAGCAUCUUGAUGGAAGAUGUAGAAGAUGUUAUACGACAGCAGACCUCCAACGACACGAUCAGUCCCCGGGCCUCCUCGUUAUACUAUGAACACUAUCACUCACUAAGUGAAAUCUAUUCUUGGAUAGAAAGCAUGACUGCACAGUACCCUGACAUGCUUACAAAAAUCCACAUUGGAUCCUCUUAUGAAAAACACCCACUGUAUGUUUUAAAGGUUUCUGGAAAAGAACAAAAAGCCAAAAAUGCCAUAUGGAUUGACUGUGGAAUCCAUGCCCGAGAAUGGAUCUCUCCUGCUUUCUGUCUGUGGCUCAUAGGCUAUGUAACUCAAUUCUAUGAAAAAGAAAGUCUGUACACCAAUAUCCUGAGGCAUGUGGACUUCUAUGUAAUGCCAGUAAUUAAUGUGGAUGGUUAUGACUACACAUGGAAAAAGAAUCGAAUGUGGAGAAAGAACCGGUCUUUCCACAAGAACAAUCCCUGCGUUGGAACAGAUUUGAACAGGAAUUUUGCUUCCAAACAUUGGUGUGAAAAAGGUGCAUCAAGUUUCUCAUGCUCUGAAACCUACUGUGGACUUUAUCCUGAAUCUGAGCCGGAAGUAAAGGCAGUGGCUGAUUUCUUGAGAACAAACAUCAACCACAUUAAAGCUUAUAUCAGCAUGCAUUCAUACUCGCAGCAGAUAUUGUUUCCCUAUUCCUACAGCAGCAGCAAAAGCAAAGACCAUGAGGAACUGUCUCUAGUGGCCAGUGAAGCAGUUCGUGCUAUUGAGACUAUUAAUAAAAAUAUCAAGUAUACACACGGCAGGGGUGCAGAGACUUUAUACUUAGCUCCUGGCGGUUCUGAUGACUGGAUCUAUGAUUUGGGCAUUAAAUACUCAUUUACAAUUGAACUUCGAGAUAAAGGCAGAUACGGGUUCUUGCUGCCAGAACGUUUCAUCAAACCUACUUGUAUAGAAGCUCUGGCAGCUGUCUCUAAAAUAGCAUGGCAUGUCAUCACGAAUGUUUAAUAUCCUGGAUGUUCCACUUUGCUCCCAUAUGAUUAAUUUCCUGAUUCCAAUAAGGCCAAGUCAUGGUACUAAUUUUUUUGCCUUUUUAAGUUUGAUCGGUUGUUUUGUUAAAAAAGGAUUUCUUAUUCCUUGGAUUUAUCAGAGAUCAAGACAUAUGCUAUUUUUUAAAUUAAGGGAAAUAAGGUAUCAUGUGUUAUUUUUGCUUUAAAAAAUUGUAAGAGGACAAGUACCGGCUUUCUCUGGAUUUGCGAUGUUUGAUUAACCAGCUGAAGCAAUUCUAAUACCUAGUUUCAUGAAGUUCCCAGCAUAAGGAAAGUGAACUGAAGUACAUUAAAUUUUUCGACUGCAAACUUUCGAUCCAUUUCUGUCAACAGAUUUUCAAACUGGGCCAAACCCCGAGCAAACCCCUGCUUGUCACUCAGUAAACCACGCUGAAUGGCUCCGGUUACCUCCCAAUAGCAAAUGCGACCCUUUAGGCAGUGGUUCACUGCAGGAAGGGGAAGCUCUUUCCCUUGAAAGUUACCUCUUCCCCCUACGCC